AUGAUACAGUUGCAGGUGCGUCAAACCUUGGGUUUCAUGGAGCUUCCCGCGGAAGUCCGCCUGAUCGUGUACCAAUACCUCCGAUCGGAAAGGCCCUUCGAGCUCUGGCCCGGACUCUACGAAGCUGACGCUACGUGGAGUCACUAUUCCAGCUUUAGGAUCGUUCUGCCUGUACUCCGCUUGAGCAAGAAGAUCCACAGCGAAGCCGCACCGGUAUUCUACGGCGAGAACGAGUUUCGUUUCAGCGGCACUAGCGCGUACCUUGUGUGCAAGUCAUUCUUCAUGACGAUCGGUGAUAGCAACGUGCGCUUCUUGCGCAAACUGACGCUCCCCAUUCUUGCUAUUUUGGGAGCGGAAUGCGCAUCAUGGGGAGUGGAUGAUGAAAGGGACAUCUCCCGCAGGAUCGAACGUUGUGGCAUGAUUCGCCCAUACCAAAACAUAUGCUUCAGCGACUCGCUUGACGCCGUCGACAGCAUCAUCAAGACGUUGCAUCGACUUGCAAAAGACGACGUCGGUAUCGCCCUCAAAGAGCUGCAGCUCAUCGUCCCUUGUACGUUGUACUAUUUCAGAGACCAAGAGCAUGAGAACGAGAGGUUGUGUCGCGACGUCAAUUGUCUGAAGGGCUCCAACAAGGAUCUACGUAUCUCUCUAGUCCUUUACCACCAUGGAUUCUUCAGGAAGAUGAAGCAAGUUUACGGACACGCGGAUGAUUUCGCUUACGAUGGUACGCCCAUCCAGGACCAAUGCCGGUCCGGUAGGGCCGACCGUGCCUGGCUCUUGAACGUCGCGACCGACAUGGACUGGUCCCUUCGCGAAUGCUACGGCCUCGACGACGAACAUGGUGGAUAUCAGGUCGUGGACGCUGGCUCCAUCGUGGACGACACGGUCACGGGCUGGACUGUUUCGGAGCCGGGCCCGGACUCUGGUGCGGAUUGA